UCUUUUGAAUUUGACAUGCUAUAACCUCAAAAACUAGAUGAUGUAAAUAACCUUACUUUUUGAGCACUAUGUUAGCGAAACAAAUUUUAAAAUGCAGCAAGAUUGCGCUUUUCACGCGACUCUAUUCCAGCCGAAACCUUCUAAAAUUGAAAGAGCGCGGAAUGUACCAAGACAUUUUCCCAGAUACAGCAACAAACACGGUUACGGAUUUAUUAAAUGCAGCCCCACAGCGUGUUUAUGCAGGCUUUGACCCCACUGCAGACAGCCUUCAUAUCGGAAAUUUACUUGUUCUUAUUAAUUUAAUACACUGGCAAAGGGGUGGCCACCAACCCAUAGCACUGAUUGGAGGUGCUACCGCUAAAAUUGGCGAUCCGAGUGGUAAAACAUCAGAAAGAGAAAAAUUAGCAAGUGCUUUUGUUGAUGAGAAUGUGAUUGGAAUUAGAAACAACAUUGAAACGCUUUUUUAUAAUCAUGAAAAAUACCUAUGGAAGAAGAAGGGAAAACUGGCUCCUCUAAUAAUCGUGAAUAACGAAUCUUGGUAUAGUAAAAUGUCACCAAUCGAUUUGAUUGGUGGUGCUGGUCGUUAUUUGCGAAUGGGAACAUUAUUAAGCAGAACAAGUGUUCAAACACGCCUUCAGUCUCCCGCUGGUAUGAGUUUUACCGAAUUUAGUUACCAAUUAUUUCAAGCAUAUGAUUGGCUGCAUUUAUUUCAAAAAUACAAUUGCUCUUUUCAAAUUGGUGGAAAUGAUCAAAUGGGCAAUAUUAUGUCGGGGCAUGAACUCAUCAGCAAAACGUGCGACAAACAAGUUUAUGCUCUUACUGUUCCGAUAAUUACAACCGAAAUGGGCGACAAAUUCGGCAAAUCUGCAGGAAACGCCAUGUGGCUAUCUGCUGAAAAAACCUCACCUUUCACUCUUUACCAGUUUUUCGUCCGUCAAGUUGACACCGAAGUUGAAAAAAUGUUAAAGUUCUUCACAUUUGAACCAGUCGGAAGCAUUAAAGAUCUGAUGAGACGCCACACCGAAAAACCUGAAUUGCGACUACCUCAAAAAUAUCUUGCUGAGCAAGUGGUGCUCUUAGUGCAUGGGGAAAAGGGUUUAGAGGCUGCGCAUAAAGCGACAAAAGUUUUAUACGAACGAAGCAUUACAGCACUCGCUGAAAUGAAUCCUUUGGAAAUAAAGAGUUUAUUUGAAGGAGCCACAGUUGUGGAAAUUUUACCAGAGCCUGGACAAAGUGUGCUAGAUUUGGCGAUGAGCGCUGGAUGUUUUCUUACCAAAGAAGAUGCACUGAGAAUCAUUUCAGCCGGCGGUUUUUACAUCAACCAUCAAAAAACAAACAAUCCUAAUGAAGUUUUAAACUUAAAUGUACAUAGGUUAAGCAAUAAUGUAACGUUACUUCGAGUAGGCAAAAAGAACUAUUAUGUAGUAAAAUGGCUUUCAUAAUAAAACUUACGUUUUGUAA